GGCCGGGCGGAGCGGGGCGGGGCCGCGGCCGCAGCCACCUUCCGGUUCCGGCGCACGGCGGGAAGCUGGAGGCCGCCAUUAGGGACGAGCGCGGGCCCGGGCUGAGGCGGUUGGGCGGUGUAGUGCCACAGCACUGCCAACAUGUCGAUCGGAGUGCCAAUUAAAGUCCUGCAUGAGGCUGAAGGCCAUAUUGUGACGUGUGAAACCAAUACAGGAGAAGUUUACCGAGGCAAACUUAUUGAAGCUGAAGACAACAUGAAUUGUCAGAUGUCCAACAUAACAGUGACGUACAGAGAUGGACGAGUGGCACAGCUUGAACAGGUGUACAUCAGAGGUAGCAAGAUACGGUUUCUCAUUUUACCAGAUAUGUUGAAGAACGCUCCCAUGCUAAAGAGCAUGAAAAAUAAAAACCAGGGUUCUGGAGCUGGGCGAGGAAAAGCAGCCAUUCUCAAAGCUCAAGUGGCUGCAAGAGGAAGAGGCCGUGGUAUGGGCCGUGGCAACAUUUUCCAGAAGCGAAGAUAACUUCAGUCUUGACCAACAUGCUUUUUUUAUUAGAGGAUAUUAACUUGACUAUAUGCGCAUUGGUAUCAGUUUUGUUUAAUAAAUGUUUCUGACAAAAACUUGUCUGCUCUUACAUGACAAGACUCUUCUUGGGCAAAUACAUUGUAGGUUGAUUUCAAAGUUAAAAUAGCUUUGUCUGGAAAGUAGUAGACUUUAUAUCUAGAUUUGACUACUCUGUAUUUGUGUGAUGCAUUGACUUUUAAAGAUUGUCAUGUUUCCAUUUUCUUCUUUAGUCCUGUUGUCAUUCAUUCUCUAAAGAAUUAGAAAGCAUUCUUGAUGAAUUUUUAAAUAGUAUGUUUUAAAGUCAUAUUAGCUGCAUUUAUGGAAGAUACAGUGAAACAGGCAGCUUCCUGAGAAGCAAAGCACUAUGUUCUUUUGCUUUAUAUGGACCUACAAUAGAUAGAGGUUCAUCUUCGGAUCUGUACAUUGAGCUUGUAUUCUUGCAUUUCUUAUUUUUUCUCUUUGGGUAGGGGAAGAAUUUUUCAUUAGGAACGCACAACUUUGGUAGCCUGAGACUAUAUUUGCAGUGAAAAAUUCUGUUGUAACUCUCUUAGUUUUUUCCUGCCUGGGAAAAGAUGACAGAAUAUAAAAUAGGCAUUUGCAAGGAUACAUUUGAAAUGUUUUGUAAAUUUGAAAGAUAGUGCAGGGCUAUGACUAAAGUCUUAUAAAUGGUUAUCCAUUAAAUGCAACUCAAUACAAAUGCUAAUCUUUUGAACAAAACUUAGGAUCAUCUUUAGCUUUUGGUCUUAACAUCUAUACAGAGUCAUGUAGAUCGUCAGCUGAUCUGUAGUUGUAAGUUUAGUUUAUUUCGCUAAAAGUAUAGCCUUGUCAUUAUUACUGACUUAAAUGGUUACACAUUUAAAUGUAACACUUCUGUACCUAAUCACAUACUUGCAUACAGUUACCAGUCUGUACACAUACAAAAUAGCUACUCUUGCUUUUCUGCUCUGAUGCUGUGAAGACUCCCUUGUGUGAAGACUCCCUUGUGUGCAGACAUGAAAGUUGAACUAAUGUAUGAAUUUGUUUGAAUUGUCUGUAAAUAAAGCUAUAUUUGGUCUCGCGUCACUAGAAAAA